GAAAAUUCUGAUAAAAAUAAUUUUGUGUAUAUUAAAAAUACUUUUGAUAAAAAAUUAUUUUUCUUCCAUGGAAAGGAUGAAAAUGAAAAUAAAAGUUAAUCAAACAACAAAUUCUUCUUCAUUAUUUAACCAAAAUUCUUUACUAGAACAAAAUCAAGAUAAGAAUAAUGAAAAUAAACAACAAAUUUUAUUAAAAGAAGAACAACAAAAUAUUGAAGAUUUACUACCUAAAAAAAGGAAAAAAUCUUUUAAAAUUUGUAAAUGUUUCCCAACUGUUGUUCGAGUAAUUGUUGAAAGUGGAGCUAAAGAAAUAGAAGAAGAAACUGAAGAAAGAAUAAUUACAAGUAGUAGCAGUACAAGUCAACUUCAAUUAAAUAAUUAUAAUAAUAAAAAUAUAUUUACUACAAAACAUUCCCUUACAAUUAUGGCUAGUAGCAGCAGCAGUAGUAGUGGAGGAAUAUCUAGAUUUAGAAUAAUUCCAGUAAAUAGUAAUUAUUAUAAAAAAGGUCGGUGGCAAGUUUGGGAUUAUUAUAAUGAAGGAAUUGUUGAUAAAAAGACAACAACAAACACUAAUAAUAUUCUCCAGCCAAAGGAGAAUAAAAUUGGAAAAGUAAAAGAAAGGGAGGAAGAGGAACAAAAAAAUGAAAAUGACGAAGCUGGCGUAAGUGGAAAAGAAUUGUAUGUUAGUUCAACUCUCCGUAACAGAGAGAGGAGUCGUAACAGAGAGAGAUUCUCUAAUUUACAUAUUUUAAAAAUUUUUUAUCUAGAUAUUUCUCCAAAAAUUGUAAAUACUUCUUUUAAUUAUGAAAAUGAAUCAAAAAUAAAUCCUCCACCUCCAUCAAUUCUUUCACUUCAAAAUAUUCCUACUUCAACUUCACAAAAAUUAAUGCCUCGACGUAAUUCUUUCCAAUUAAUUACAAUAAAAACUUUAGAAGAUAAAAACUCUUUAAAUUCUGUACCUUCUUCAAUUUCUGAAGAACGUCUUAAUUUAAUUGGUGUCAAUGAUAAUACAAAAGAAAAUAAUUUAAUUAAAGAUUGGAUUAAACAACAAAAUUCUUCUUCAGAAUUUAUUACAUUUCCACCUCCCCAUCAAAAUAAUAAAACCCCCCAAAUUGUAGAAGAACCUCCACAAAAGUUAUCAGAAUUUCCAUCAUACCCACUUUUAACUAAUCAUCAACCUAUUUCAAUAGAAUCUACUACAACAACUAAUUUAGUAUCAACAAUUUCUUCUCCUUCUCCAAAUUCUUUAUCACCAAAUAUUACUAAAUCAAUUAGUACAUCCCCUCCCCCACCAAAGCAAAUGUUUAUCCAACCACCACCUCCUUCUAGUUUAGAACGUCAAUUAUCCAUUGGAUUAAAUGAAAAAGAAAUUAAAGAAAAUAAUUCCCCGCAACAACAACAAUAUUUUUCUGCUUCUUUUGGGCCUGGACAAAUUCAAUUUAAUGGAAAUAUGAAUGGAGUUGGAGGGCAAAAUUAUGUAGAGGAAAGGAGAAGGUCUAUUGCGAGACGGUGGGUGUUAAAAAAUAAAAUUUUAUUUAAGGGAAUUUUAAGGGAUAAAUUGAAUUUUAUUUUAUUUAAGAGAAUUAAAUUUUAG